UAUGGACACUUUUAGGGUGCACCCCUAAAUACACCCCCACUUUUUCACUGUUUUACCGUGGGCCCACCUGAAAAUUGAAAAAUCAAAAAAUUGAAAAGCUUUAUGUGAUUACCGUUUUGCCCUUCCUUCUCACUUUCACUUCUUCCUACUCCCAACGAGAGACAGAGAGAGCUUCAUCUUCCUAAAAACAAAAAACGACAAACCUUCAUCUACUUCAUCUUCGACCUUCACAAAGCAAUUCCGAUUUUGAGUAGAUCUGCAUCAAUGGGUGAUUAAUCAUCGAAAUCACGUUUCCCUCGACCACAAAAUCUUUCAAUUUCUUUCAAUUUCUCUGCAAUUUCACGGUUCAGUUGAGCAAAGAAUCGGUCUCCUUCUUUACAAAAUAUCAAGUUGAAAUUCCUCUUUUAAACCACCUGGGAUGGAACCAGACGCCGAAGAACAAUUUUCAAGUCAAAAUGAUGAUUCCCGUGAGGAUUUGGAAAGUGAAUGUGCACCAAUCAAUAUGAUUGUUAAUUACAGUAUAAACGGUGUACAGGAUAUGGGCGGAGUAGAUUUUAGGAAUAUGACAACAACUGAUAUCAUGAUGUAUGAUUUUCCUAACCUUGAGGUGGCUUUUACAUUCUACAACUGGUAUGCUCGAAUGCAUGGAUUUUGUAGCCGCAAAAGCAAGAAGAAAAAAAACGCAAAUAAAGAGGAUGUCCGACAGGAGUUUGUGUGUUACAGGCAAGGGUUUAGAGAAGACAGAUUUAAGGACAACAAGAUCCGUCAGCGUGAAGCAAAGCCAAUUACAAGAUGCGGUUGUAAAGCAAAGUGUGUUGUGAGUGUUAAUCGAAUCACUCAGCGUUGGUCCAUAAGGUCUAUUAAUGAUGUGCAUAAUCACCCGGCUGUUAAAGAACUAUUUAUUGGGUUUCUACCAGGUCACAGGGGAAUGGAUGAUGAUGACAUAAUUCAAAUGAAUCACUAUAAGAAUUCGGGUAUCCGGACCUCUCAAAUAUUUGGAACAUUUGCUAAUCAGGUUGGAGGGUAUGAGAAUGUCACUUUCUCACAAAAAGACAUGUAUAAUGUAGUAGACAAGGAUAGGCGUUCUAAAGGUACUGACUCAAGAGCUGCAUUAGCAUAUUUGCGUUCAUUGAAGAGUUCUGACCCAGCAAUGUACUGGAAGCAUACAGUUGAUAAGGAAGGAAGGUUGCAACACUUAUUUUGGUCUGAUGGUAGGUGUCAAAUGGAUUACAACAUAUUUGGUGAUGUUUUGGCCUUUGAUGCAACAUACAAGAGGAAUCGUUAUUUGUGUCCUAUAGUUAUAUUUUCUGGGGUAAAUCACCACAACCAAACUACAGUAUUUGCCAGUGCUAUUGUUGCCAAUGAGAUUGAGGAAACAUAUGUUUGGUUGCUUGAAUGUUUGUUGGAAGCAAUGAAGGGCAAGAUGCCAAAAUCUGUGAUAACGGAUGGUGACUUAGCCAUGAAGAAUGCAAUAAGAAAGGUGUUUCCUGAUGUCCACCAUAGAUUAUGCGCUUGGCACCUUAUAAGGAAUGCAACCUCCAAUGUGAAGAGCAACAGAUUCACGCAUUUGUUCAGAAAAUUAAUGUUGUGUGAUUAUGAGAUUGUUGACUUUGAAAGAAAAUGGAAUGACAUGGUUAUCGAGUGUGGAGUUCAUGAUAAUAAUUGGGUUUUAGAUAUGUAUCAAAAGAAGGAGAUGUGGGCUGCAGCACACAUUCGAGGUAAGUUUUUUGGAGGCUUUAGAACUACUUCCCGCUGUGAGGGGCUUCAUUCUAAAAUGGGUAAAUUUGUAAACUACCGCAAUAACUUAACUGAGUUCUUGCAACAUUUCAACCAAUGCAUAGAACAUUUGAGGUACAAAGAGCUUGAAGCUGACUAUCUAUCGAUGCAUGGUGACCGAAUGGUGCAAACUGAAUUCCAUUUACUUGAGACAAAUGCAUCUAAAGUUUACACAAAAAACGUUUUCUUUCUAUUUCGCUCUAUCAUGCGAAAAUCAUGUGCUGUCAAAGUUGUUGGUUGCAAACAAACAGCUUCCUGUUUCAUAUAUAUUGUCAACAAAUAUUGUAGAUCUGAUUGUGAAUGGCACGUGUCUUAUUGGCCUAUUAGUAUGGAACUAAAAUGUUCAUGUCUUAGGAUGGAAUCUAUUGGUAUCCCUUGUGAUCAUAUUAUAUGUGUCAUGGUUUAUAUGAAUAUGGUAGAAAUUCCAUCAGCUUUGGUGUUAGACAGAUGGACAAAGAAUGCUAAGGACUCGGUAAAUUACACAAGCCAAGGACAAUCAGGUGGAUGGGAUUCGAUGUCAGUUUGUCGCUACAAAUCUUUAAAUCACAGAUGUAGGGAAAUCAACAAUUUGGUGUGUAAAAAUCCAGAGGCUUAUGCCGAAACCAUGGAGUUAUUGAAUGAUAUUUAUGGACAUGUUAAAAGUAAGUAUGAGGUACAACCUGAGGAUGGUAAGAAGAUUGAAGGACACGGUGAUCGUUAUCUGCAAAAUCCACUCACCGCUAAAACCAAGGGGCGUGUCGCAAAUGUUGCAGGCAGGGCUGGUAACAAAAGGAAACAGACUCAAUGUGGUUUUUGUGGGAUUACUGGUCAUAACAAGCAAACUUGUGGUGCAUUUAAAAAACAGAAAACCUUUGUCGACAAGAGCAAGACAACGGAUGAUGAUGGUCAUGAUGAUGAUGAUGAUGAUGAUGAUAGUGGUGGUGGUGGUGAUGAUGAUGAUGACGACGACGACUACCGUGGAUAAAGAUCAAUGUGAUGAAAGUUGUCGAAAUCUAAGUAUGAAGUGUUAAGUUUAUAACUAUGUUAAGUUUCAGUGAUAUUAGUUUAGUCUAUCAUAGGUUUAGUGAUUUAAGUUUUAAAGUAUCAAGUACUAUGUUAAGUUUCAUACGUUAAUGUGUUUAGUUUGUUUCAAAAAAAAAACGGUCAACGUGUUUAGUUACCUUUUGA